AUGCUACCUCAAUUAUUUAAAACAUCCGGUAAGACUUUACUUUUAAAGAAUGGUAUCUUAUCAUGCACAUCCGCAGCAAAAGUAACCAAAAGUCAUAUGUAUUAUACAACAAAAGUGAAACCAGUCGGUGAAUCAGGUCAUGUUAAACCAAACCAAGAUGAAUUAGAAACUAAAGAACAAAACGUCUUUGAUACUAAUAAGAAAAAAUUGGAAAGGAUGGAACAUGAUAAGACUUAUACUGAAUUCAAACAAGAUGAUUGUGAUGUCUUAAGGAAAAAGGGUGAUGAUGCAAGAAUUGAACAAAAUAGACCAGAUGAUGGGAACUAUUAA